CCUCGAGUGAUGGCUGCGCCUGCGCCUGCGCUGAGGGUGGCCACGGCCGAUGUGUGCCUGCCCCGGUUGGCUGUCCCCGAGCCACCGAGCACCGACGGCGCCGACUUGUGCGUGCGGGAGGUGCGUGUGGAUGUGGAGGUGAGUGCCGGUGUCGGGACGUCGGUGGCGUGCUACUUUGGCGUGACCUUUUUGGCGGACGUCGUGGUGGACGUGGGGUCGAUGUCAGGGAGCGUGCGCAACGUGACGCUGGCGAACUGCCUGUUUGUGCGCGGAGCGAGCCUGUACGUUGUUGGGUGGCGGUCCGACCUGUCUGCUGGCGAGCGCGUCGAUGUGUUGAUCAGCGGGCUUGAGUCGCGCUCCGGCGGCGGCGUGGUGGUAGCGAACCGAUUUCCGCCGGGCUCGCGCGUCACUGUGGUGGACUCGGUGCUGAUUGCAGAGAAGCGUGUUGCGUACCGCGGAGACCACGGCCUUGGCGACGCGUCCGCGUGCCUUGUGGUGCAGAACGUGAAUCUGACUGGGAGCGUGCUGACCAUUGCGCGCACGCAGGUGGCGGCUGUGUUCCGCGACGCUGUUGGCGUGUUGUUUGUUGGCGGCGUGGCGCUGUCGUCGCGCGGUGCGCUGUACGUGGACGGGCUGUCGGUGCAGACGGCGCUGGGGCUGUGCGUGUCGGUGGAGGGCGGUGUUGCUGCCAGCGGCGGCUCCGUGGUGGCGUUUGUUGACAGCGACUUCCUGCUGUGCGAGCACGCGGUGUCUGUGCGUGGGGCUGUGAGCGUGUCGGGCUCCGCUGUAGCGCCUGUGCGGAGCGACUUUUCGUCGACGGAGGAAUACGCGGUGGCGUUUUAUUCGACGGUGAGCCUGGAUGGCGGGUCGAUGCUGCUGGCGAAGGGCAACGUGCACGACGGCGUCUCGAGGGAGAUGCUUUACGCCGCUGGCGCUGUGACCGCUGCUGGGAGCACGCUGAGCUUUGUGCGCAACCGAGCGCUGCUGCCGCGGAUGCUGUCGCUGAGCCUGUCGCUUGCGGCUGGGGCGCAUUUGAGGGUUGCGUGCAACGACGCUGGUGGCCGUGUCCUGUCGACGGCGGAGGAGUACGCAGCGGCUGGUUUUGGCGACGCUGGGAGCAUCGACGUUGUUGGGUGCGACGCGUGCGACAGGGACACGCACUGCUACGCGCCCGGGACGGCGGCGGCGAGCAUGAGGAACGGUGUGUGCGUUUGCCUGUGCGGCAGUGGCGGGUACGGCGAGGCGUGCGUGCCUGUGGGAGCUCCUGCGCUGCCGCCUGCUGUGGGAACUGCGUCGAGUGCGUUUGUCCGCGAGGGCGUGACGGUGCGGUCGGUGUUCGUUCUGCCUGCCGGCGCGAGCGAGGUGACGCUGCGCCACGUUGUGCUGGACGGCGUGAGUCCGGUGCUCUACGUGCCGUGGAUGGUGCGGGACGGCGUGCGGAUCGUUGUGCAGAAUGUGUCGCUGCAGAACGGUGCCGUGCUGUACGUGAUGGGCGGUGGAGCGUUGCGCGGUGCGGGAGCGGCGGGGAGCGACGAGAGCGGACCGGUGGAGCUGUCGGUGUGCUAUGUGGAGGCGCUGAACGGUGCGCUUGUGCUGACCGGCACGUUCCCCGCGGGGUCCGUGCUGACGGUGACCGACUCCCUGCUGGUUGCCGCGAGGUCGACGCCGCUUGUGUAUCUUCCCGGCUCGCAGUCCUCGCCGUACGCACCGGUGCUUGUGCUGUCGGGUCUGCGGCU